GUUCACAACACGAAAUAAACCCUCUGGGUGUAACCACUAAUGAUGAAAUUGAUCUCCCUGAGACUUGUGAUGAGGUUGGAGAAAACAAGAUAGAAUUAGAUCUUCAAGGACCAUCUGUUGUUCGCACCAUUAAGGACAACUCAGAAGGUUUAGACUGGGAUGCAGUAAUGCAUAAGGCAGAAGAUGUUGAUCACAUACCAGCAGUGACAGGAGAGGAAAAAACUUUUAGAAAGCUUUUCAGUCACAUAAAAAAAGAUUUGCCUGAAGUCGAACACAUGUUUAGAAAUGUUGUCCCUCUGCUCAAUGCAACAAUUGGAAAAGAUGAACUCCGGGACUUAUGGGUGAUUGCUGUAGAUCAUUUGAUGGGUGUAGAUGCAAGUAAAUUGGUAUGGUGGGGUCUUACAGUGAUUGACCUUUAUAAUUUGGAACUUACAUACCUUGUAUUGAAGGAAUACAAAAAGAAGUUGGAUGAAUCGAAAAAGAUGAUAGGUGAACUUAGUCAGAAGAAUGUGCAACUAAGUACCAGAAAGAGGAAUAUAGAUAAAUCAACGGAAACUAGUGUUAUGGAGCCGAUGCUGAGCCCAAUACAAUUUGGUAUUUCUGAAAGAAGGCAUCAAGUUCUAACCCAUUCAGAAAAGAAGGACAGUAUUCAAUUAUCGGCUCCUCAUUAA